UUAUCUCACCUGCCACGGCAGUGUAUUUGAGGAGGCAGGCGAACUCUUGAGAAGCCAUAGAACGCUCAUUAAAGCGUUAAUAAGCCGAGAUUGUCAGAUCUAGUGACAAGAGAAGAAGACGACUUACAUAAUUUCAAGAGGGAUGACCCACGCUGAGACUUGUACAACUAAGCACUCGAGCUUUGCUGAGUCUCGCUCAAGUUUUGAAGAAAUCAGCGUCUAAUGAAAACCCUUCAGUGAAAUUGUGUGCUUGAUCACUAAAUAUUUUGACAAUACAAAUUGGAGUCAUUUGUGUCGUCUGCCAGAGAACCACGGCGCGCUACACGCAGCCAGGCGCCUGUGCGCAUGUCCCGCACACUUCCAUUUUUGAUUGGUUGAUCACACGUUGGUUGUCUCCCACCAGGCUUCAGUGAGUUGACAGAUCGUUUCGUCAUCAAAGCACAGGGACCAUAAUACAGCGCUUGAAUAACACAAAACAACACAGUCUAGUUAACUGUGCAACUGUCAACAACCUGCAUGGGAAAAACGGCGACCUCGCGAUCGGAUUGAGAUUAUUGACUGAAAAAUUAGUCUUAACAGUGAUCUUCAGUGUAAUAACAGGAGCUAUUAUCAUCUAGAAUGUCACCGCCGCAGCAUCAAAUUGGGUGAUCUUUUCGCAAGGGCCAUAGACGAUUAUUUGGUCACUUUAGUUCCAUUAUCUGGAAGAGGUUAGUGACAACUUGAGCUGUCGUUGUGGUUUGCUGUAGCCUUGGCGUCUCGGUGAAACCGUUACAACAAGGUGACACAAUGCUUAGAGGCAAUGCCGGGGUUGUCGGGCGCAGCGUUCACGAAGACAUGAUCGGAGCACCGCCUUCCUUGGCCGCAAGACAGUUGAUGGUCAGUGUAGGACAGUUCGAUAAUUCGGCCAAUGCCGAUUCAGGUAGCAGGCUGACCAACAGUGUAGAAAAUAACGUGGGGUAUUCGGGUCUAUUGAAAACGGCCACUAAGCGGUUUUAUUUACAAGGCGGCCUACGAGGCUCUGCUGGAAGCGAUGAAGUUGGCCGUCGUAAAGAGUCAGAUUCGGACACCGUACAGUCAGCAGGGCACGGUAGCAGCUACAACGGUGAAAAAACAGACGACGAGAGCUGUAAUUCUCUCCAACACGAGCCAAGCGUCUACGCGGAUCUGACUCCAUAUUGUGGCAAAGCCAGCGACUGCGGCGUCGGCAGCGGGCAGGACACCUCCACAGAAGACGACGACGAAGUCUUCCCAAAAUCGGAGCACGGAAACGCAGUUGGUGGUCAGAAACUGACCGAUGGCUGCUACCCAGACCACAUCCCCACCGGAAGUAUGGUGUCUCCGGCCAGCAGGAUGGACCCGGCGUUUGCUCCGUUCCAGCCUUACCCCUAUCACAUGUCCACCGCCCCACUGUAUCCCACACAGCUGAGAAAGUCGCCCAUGGGGUCCAUCGGCUCCUUGAACGGCGGUUACCCCCCUCCACAGGCGGCGACCGACUCCUACGGCAUUCCAGCCGCCGCGAUCGCCGCCCCGAUCCCCUACCCGGCCGCGGCGGCCCCGACUCUGCACCCAGCUCCCCCCGGGACGAUGCAAGGUGCGGGGCACCCCCUACCCGGCGACGACGGGAGGCUUAGACCAGGCAAGGCGUCUGUGUAUUUGUGUAACAGAGACCUGUGGUUGAAGUUCCACCAGCAUACGACAGAAAUGAUAAUUACGAAACAAGGAAGACGCAUGUUCCCGACGCUCCAGAUAUCUCUUCAGGGGUUGGACCCCCAGGCUCACUACAACGUGUUCGUGGACAUGGUGCUGGCGGAUCCCCACCACUGGAAGUUCCAAACGGGAAAAUGGGUCCCUUGCGGACAAGCCGAACAGCUACCAGCAAAUGGUCGCAUCUACAUGCAUCCCGAUUCCCCGAAUUCCGGCGCUCACUGGAUGAAGCAGGACAUAACCUUCAGUAAACUCAAGUUGACCAAUAACAAGAACUGUGACCAAGGAUUUAUUGUUUUGAAUUCAAUGCACAAGCAUCAGCCUCGAAUUCAUGUAAUUGAAGUCGGCUCGUGCUCCGGAACCACCCGAGAGUCGUCGGACCUCCAGACGCACUGUUUUCCAGAGACUCAAUUCAUAGCUGUGACAGCCUAUCAAAAUACAGACAUAACACAGCUGAAGAUAGACCACAAUCCAUUCGCCAAAGGAUUCCGCGACAGCUACGACCGUACAAGUGAGCGCGCGACUCCAUCCCCGCCCGUUGUGGAGAGCAGCUUCCACGCCCUCUUCAGUCGAAAUCCCAACGCAAGCCCGUCCUACGUGCCCUCAUUGCCAGGUGGCGCUGCUCGGGGCAGACCACCAAUGGGAGUCCCUGGUUCAUUUAGCCCCGCCUUCAACGGACCCCCUGUAGACCAGGGGGCACUCCUGUACCACGGAAGGUACUCACGUGGCUCUUUGGAGCAAUCCUUUGACUACAGGGGUAAAGCUGCGGACUGCGAGGGUUCGGGGGAGUACAAUCAUAUGGCCAUGCCAACCAGUAACGGUUACCCUUACCAUCCCCAGUCCCGAGGGCUAGAAAGGGGUCCCGAAAGUGGAACCGGGUAUGGGGCAGACGACCAAGGAAGCAGCCCAGAGGGGACCGGUGACGAAAACGACGACGGAUAUACCCCACAGGCAAAAAGGAUGAAAUUGGAAGUGCUGCCGGCCGUGCUGCAACAGGAGAAACAUUCCCCAGAACAAAUUGUCCCGGACAGUGACGCUGAGCGACUGAGCGCCGGCAACGGUCGGGAAAACUCGUACGUCAGUAUGUAUAACAGGCAGAGCGACCCACACCCUUAUGGGUAUUAUUACCACGACACACUCGGUGGCAGCGGCGGGCAGCAGGACCAGCAGUACGGGUAUAGUUUAUCCGGGAACUUUUAUCAACCAAAUACGCAUGCGCAUUUACAGGGCAGUCACGAGGAGUUCCAGACGAUAUAAGCUGAAUGUGAGUGAUUUCACCAAAAACAGAAUCUCGUGUAGUUCAUGCUUCGCCUUGUGAAGGGAAAUAAGCAGCCUAUAGUGUCUUCGUCCACUAACAUAAUCGAAACGUUUUAAGUCUAUCAGAAUUUAAGUAAUAUUUAUAAAGAAAGAAAGUGGACCAAGACGAAGAUGUCAAAAAGCAAAGGUAACUUUCUUGAGAUACGAUCAUGUCGUAUCGAAGAGCUUACAUUGUGAAAUUUCAGCUAAAAUAAUCAAUUU